AUGUCGUGGAAAGCAAUUGCAAAGGCAGCUCAGGCUGAAGUACUGGAUUCGAUCCCGGCGAAAUGGAAAUUAAGUGGCGAUAAGUAUCGAUCAUUGACAAAUGUAACCAGCGUGCCUCAAGAUUGCGGCAUCUUAUCUGAUGAGCAACUUGCCAUCACUGAUCUCACAGCUCUCGGUGUAGUGAAGCGCAUCGAGUCUCAUGAAUUGACGGCAGUGCAAGUACUGGAAGCUUUUGCUGCACGAACUGCAAUUGCCCAUCAACUUGUCAAUUGCUUGAUGGAUUGGUUCUACGAUGACGGUCUGCGACAAGCUGAAGAACUCGACAAGAGUUUCAAAGAGACAGGAAAAUUGAAGGGGCCAUUGCAUGGAGUUCCUGUUGCUCUCAAGGACUUUCACUUUGUCGCUGGUCGGCCUACCACCACAGGUUAUGUUUCAAGGAGAAACUUCCGACCUGGCAAUGAUUCGGCACUAGUCAAAACUCUUCGUGAUGCUGGUGCUGUCUUUUACUGCAAAACGACGAUGCCUCAGUCAGGAAUGGCUAUCGAAACCGUAAGUAAUCUUUGGGGACGAACCCUUAACCCUUACAACACGAACCUGUCGGCAGGUGGUAGUUCAGGAGGUGAUGCCGUUCUAGUCGCUCUGAAAGGCACUCCCAUUACUCCGUCGACUGAUCUCGGAGGUUCGAUCCGUGUCCCCGCAGCCUUUAACGGAUUGUACGCGAUCCGGCCUACCUCAGACCGCAUCCCCAAAGGUGGCAUGGAGAAUAUUAACAAUGGUCAACUUUCCAUCAAGCUGUCCUGUGGGCCCAUUUGCCAUUCCAUGGAGGAUCUUGAAGCUUUUACAAAGAUCAUCAAUGCUCACCCUUCCAAUCAACAUGAUCCCACUUCGGUCCCAGUUCCUUGGAGGACCCUCAAGCCAGUGGAGGGCAAACUUGCGAUUGGAUUGAUGAAGUGGGACAAGGUGGUAAUGCCCCAUCCGCCUGUUCUACGCGCCCUCGAUCAUACAAAGCGGGCGUUGGAAAACGCUGGGCACCAAGUCAUUGAAUUUGAUGUACCUUUUGACUGCUGGGACGCUAUUCAGACGACGUUCGAUACCUAUUACCAGUCUGGGCACAGUGGGACACUUUCCGCUCUCGAAUCUACAGGCGAGCCUCUCAUUCCUGCUUUCGAAGACCUUAUCAAGGUUUUCGGCAGCAAAGAGAUCAGCGCCGCAGAAUCACAACAGUUGAAUGUCAAGGCUAGAAGCUUUAGAGAAAGCUUUCGUAACGCCUGGGAUGACACGGCUCUACACACCACUACUGGCCGCCCUGUCGAUGCACUGAUUUGUCCUUCAGCCCCUGCUGUAGGGUAUCCUCAUGACUUCAAUGUUUACUGGGGUUAUACGUCCUUGUUCAAUCUUCUGGAUUACCCAUCCGUCAUCCUGCCAGUAAGCGGCUUCAAGGUUAAUGCACAGGAUGACCCAGUGAACUCGGACUACAAGCCUUUAGAGACAAAUCCCUACGACAAACCCAAUCAUGAACUGUAUCGGCCCGACUUGUUCUCAUCUCAACCUUCGACAAUUCAAGUCGUCGGUCGCCCUUUCCAGGAUGAAGAGCUCGUUCAAGUGUCUUCGAUGAUGGAUAGUUUACUUCGAGAUUUCUAG